AGGGCCCUCUCGCAGCAUAAGCUCGCAUAUUGAUCGCAUUCCUCUCUGACUUCUCAAAAGGUGGCAUAAUUUAGGAGCCAAGAAGUCAAGGGAGCUACGUAGCUGCCUACACUGUCUGCUUGAACGGAAAGAGCGACUGCGUCCAGCGUUCCUUCACGACCUCGUCGUCUUCGGUCUACAUUCCCUUCUCUCGACCUUCGCUUGCGGGACCAUGUCGCCUGCGCUGUAUUGAUAUCUCCAUCUUUCGCUUCGCUGCCUCACUCAAUCCGACCGACCCUGCGAUUCAUCAACGACUGUAGCACAGCAUCCGUCGUCACAAAUUCAUCACACAUUGUACAAACGCGAGGUGACACGGCGCUCUCGACGCUGGUCAGGUUUCUUGAGCGACACUCGAGUGACAACAGGACAGUCUGCUCGAUCUCCGACAAGCGCAGGCAAAGCCCCUUGCGGUUGGCCGGCGACCGCUGUCAACCAUGCCCAAGAUUCUUUCCCCAUCGUUUCCUCCGCGCCGACCGUCGGGUAUCAUUCGUUAUACCCUCGUCGGGGCGGUGCUGAUAAUGCUGUACUACUUCUACGUCAACUCUCCCGAACCCCAGCCGGAGAUCCUACCGCCCGCGAACGCUGUCCAACGACCUGCGCCCAAGCCCGAGCCGAGACCUCUCGCACCAGAGGUCCCCAUCACGGAGCCCAAGCUCCAGCCGAAGCCAAAGACCAAGCCAAAGAUCGAAGCGAACCCCGAGGAGCCGAAGCCUGUGCCGACGCAAAAGGCCACGGACGACAAGAGGCCCGAUGCCCAUGCUGGAGCCAGCGACAGCAACGAGGAAACCAAGACGACCCCCAAAGGCGGCGCGCCAAUGUCUAGUGGGCCUGAAGACGUACACCCUCUAGAUCGCCUCAUCUACGAUGCGGAACACACGUUUGCAGAGCUCCUGUCCAAGGAGACGAGGACAUUGUCGGAAGCAGCACAAGCGUAUCGUGAACGACGUGGGCGCCACCCCCCUCCUGGCUUCGACCGCUGGUUCGAGUUCGCGCAAGCCAACGACGCCCUCAUCAUCGAGGACUUCUUCGACCAGGUUCACCAAGAUAUCGAACCCCUGUGGGGUCUCGAUCCGGCUGUCAUUCGCAAGGAGUCUUGGGACUGGGAAAUGACAAUCAACAUUCGAGAUGGUGUCGCAACGGCAGGUAGCGAUUGGUUCUUGACGCAAAUCUGGCUGAACAUGAUCUCCACCAUUGCCCAUCUUCUACCCGACAUGGACCUCCCUUUGAACGCCAUGGAUGAGCCUCGUCUGGUGGUGCCCUGGGAGGACAUGGAACAGUACAUGAAAAAGGCAUCCAAGACCGUCCGCUUGCCCAAGGCCAAGCACAUGCGCAGUGAUUCGCAGAAGCUCCCGCCUCCAGGCUACGGCGAUCUCACGACCAAAACUCGCCCGAGGGCUUGGGAAGGCACCAGACCGUACUGGAAGAUCGCGCGACGUGGAUGCCCGCCGGACAGCUCUGCGCGACAGAUGCCACUCCAGGAUUCAUUCGAUGAGCCCCCCGACAUCAGCAUGUCUUUGGCCGAUCCCCACAUGUUCGACGGCUAUGUGUACAAUUUCACCUUGUCUAAGGAUAUUUGCCAUCAGGGCGAUCUCCAGGGCCUGGAGGGAAUCUUCAUUGAUCCGCUCUCAGUGGCCUCAACCAAGGUCCUGACUCCAUUCUUCGGCGGAUCGAAGCUAGGUGUAAACAACGAGAUCCUCUUGCCUGCGCCCAUGUACUGGGCAGCAGAGGAACAAUUCACCGGCGGCGAAGAUCAUGGCCCUCCAUGGGACGAGAAGAGCACCAAGGCCAUCUGGCGCGAUGUCGCGACUGGAGGCAGGAACCGCGAGAACAACUGGCGCGGGUUCCAAGUUCAUCGCUUCAUCGCCAUGACGAAUGCAACGACCGUCACAGACGCCGAGCACCAAUACCGCCGAGCUGAAAACUGGGCGCUUCCAGAGGAUCAAUAUGACCUCCCUGCAAAGAAGGCUGGUGUUCUGGGUGACUGGGUGGGUGAGUGGUCCGACACCGCGUUCACAGAUCUCAACUGCGAGCCCAAGGAAAAUGACGGUGCAUGCUCAUACACCAGCCCAUUCUUCAACCGGCUCCCCGGCAUGAGUAUGGCCGAAGAGUUUGCUAGCAAGUACUUGCCAGACAUUGAUGGCAAUAGCUUCUCUGGACGUUAUCUCGGAUUGCUACGCUCCACCUCGCUCCCCGUCAAGGCGACUGUCUGGCGCGAGUGGCACGACAGCCGUCUGGUGGCUUGGAAGCAUUUUGUUCCCAUGGACAAUCGCUUUGGUGACUUUUACGGCAUCAUGAACUACUUUAUCGGGUUCCAAGGCCGCGGUGGCCACGAUGCCGCGGCCGAGAAAAUUGCCAGCGCGGGCAAGGAGUGGGCGGAACGCGUGCUGCGCAAGGAGGACAUGCAGGUCUACACGCUGCGCGUGUUGCUGGAGUAUGCCCGACUACUGGACGAUCGCCGGCAAUAUAUGGGCUGGGUGGACGAUGUCCUUGCUGAUCCCACGCUGGAGAAGACAUGGUCUUGGUGGUGGUAGAUGUCAGUGAAAUUUGUAAAGAAGUAUUGGAAAGAAAUGGCGGCGGCGUUCCGGUGUUGUGGUACAGGGUUUCCAUUGUCAGGACCCAUUCAUCUCCUGUUGUAGUACAUAUU